AGCAAAGUGAUCCUAAUAGUGGAGUUGUGGAGAUAAAAUGGAAGUGAAGUAGCCCCCACAAUUUACUUAAAGGGCUAAGGGGAGACGCCAAUAAAGAUACGAACAUUUAUAGAUUGAUCUCUUAAGUAUACUUACCGUCUGUGGUCAAUCCUUCCUUUCUCAUGAUCUCUAUCAAAUACCAUUAUUCGAAAUCAAAUCUUUGAACCCACGAAAACCAACUAAAACCUAUCAUAUUGGAUUAAUUGCUUCUCUGAUAUCAGACAACUUUCACUUGACUUUGGACCAUGAUCGUAGUUUGAAUGGUAUGCUGGGUUCCAUUGUAUGACUGUGGCGUAUGGGUCACAUAGGACCCGAUUGACAAUCCAGAAACAUGAGCUUAGCUUUGCCUACAUUGUUGCUACAAACUGGAGCAAAGCACUGUGAAUGUUUUAUUACCACAGUACAAAAUUUGCCAAAAAAUAAAAUUAAAAAAUGAUAACAAUUUUGCAUUAGCCGGAUUCCGGUUCGCGGUGCGUGGUGCGUGUGUUUGGGCUUGGAUUUGGAAUGGAGGUGGGGCCAGAGAGCUUUGACUCGACGAGCUAUAUAAAAGUUGCGAGCGCGACACUUGGAGACAUAGUUCAGUGCAGGAGCCCCAAGUGAAGCCAACUACCAAGACACCACCGUCCAAAUCCAAACAAAUUCCUAGCCAAAAUGUUCGCUCUUUUGUCUCUGUUCAUCCUGGGUGUGGGCGCUGCCGCCGCCAUCGAGCUCCCACUGAGCCCCAUCUACCACUCUCCGGGUCUUGUCAAGCCCCUGCUGAAGGCUGUCGAGGUUGAGGCGCCCGCCCACUAUGACUUUGCCUACUCGGUGCACGACGAGCACACCGGCGACAUUAAGAGCCAGACGGAGUCCCGCAAGGGAGAUCAAGUGCAGGGCCAGUACACACUGAUCGAUGCCGAUGGAUACCUGCGUACCGUGGACUACACCUCGGAUGCCCACAAUGGUUUCAAUGCCGUCGUCCGCCGAGAUCCUCUAGGUCACAAGGUGAUCAAGGCUGCUCCCAUUGCCAAGGUCCUGUCUCCUCUACCCCUGGCCUAUGGGGCCCCAAAGCUGCUCGCCGCCCCCAAACUGCCCCUCGGCUUGUACCAAUAAGUCGAAGAGCUGGAUAGGCAGAGAGAGAGAGAGAGAUAUCAAACACUGAUUUCAUCGCAUCGACGACGACCACCCAUCCGCAUCUGUAUCUGAACUUUAGCCGAACUAUGUUUUACCUGACACCCAGACACCACCUCGUAUCGUAUCGUAUCGUAUCUACAUUCUACGCUCUAAACAAGCCCUAUGCGUCUAUUCUGCUUCCUCUUCGACGACUUUUCCACUAAGACUCUUCGCCACUCAACUACCGGUAGCGCCUCAUAUCGGUACAAGUGGGGUCCUAUCUCAUCUGCGUAAUAUUGUACAUAUUAUGUGUAAAUAGAAGGCAAUAAAUGC